AUGCGCUUUAACUCGCUGGGUACUAUUUUGGCCGCUCUGUCCGUCUUAACGCCCACCCAUGCCAUUAAUAUCAUCUCCUCCAACGAUGAUGGCUGGGCCGAAGCCAAUAUCCGGGCUCUAUUCCAGUCAUUGGCAGCAGUCGGACACUCAGUAGUGGUCUCGGCACCCGCCGAGAACCAAAGCGCAACAGGAUCCUCCCAGAAGGCUCCCACUAAGCUCACCGAGCCCUGCGAAUUCAACAGCUGCCCUGCCGGCAGUCCCGCGGUCGGAUACAAUGCCUCUCAACCUCGCUUAAACUAUGUCAAUUCAUACCCAGUCACAGCCAUGAAACACGGCAUCAGUCACCGUUCGCCUCAGCUCUUCGGCGGUGCGCCCCCGGAUCUAGCAGUAGCUGGGCCCAACGUGGGGUAUAACAUUGGCCUUGAAGUAUUUUUUUCGGGGACAGUCGGGGCAGCCACUUACGCCGCCCACGACGCUGGUAUUCCCGCUAUCGCAUUCUCCGGGUCAACUGGAAGCCAGACGGCGUGGAACGCCUCUUCAUCGCUACCGCACUACAGUGAUGUCUAUGCCGCACUGGCAACUAACCUGUCCGACCACUUGAUUGCAACAGGGAAGCCCUAUCUGCCGUCGGAUGUAUGGCUCAAUGUCAAUUUUCCUUCUGUGUCCGCUUCACAAUGCUCCAGUCCCGAAGACGUCGCAUUCGUCCUGUCGCGCAUCCACAUAGCCAUACCAUUGAUCACACCAGAUGACGUGACGACAUGUGGCACUUCGCGUUUGCCUAGUGAGCUCGCCGUGUCAGUGGCCUCUGGCUGCUAUGCGAGCGUCUCGGUUGGAGUGGCUAGCACCAAAGAAGAUGCCAAUUCCACUGUACAGGCUGUUGUGCUCAAGAAGCUCAGCAAUAUUCUUACAUGUUUGCCGUCAUAG